GUUCUUCUUCUUCUUCUUCCCCAAGCUGCGCCGGGGAAAAAAGGUUCUCCGCCGCGCGAACGCGCCCAGCAUUUCGAAAGACAGCGCCGCCUCCGCAUUCAGCGUCUCCUCCUCCCCACUUCCGCCGCCACCCAGCGGUUCCCGAGACCCGAGUGUUCCCCCUACUGCAUCCUCCCCUUCCCGCCCCCCAUCCCCCCGCGCUCCCCCGCGCUCCCACCUGACGCAGAGGUAUCUCUUCCACCAACUGGGCGUCGGACAAAAUCAACCCUAAUCAUCAUCGACUACUGGUGUUGUCGGUAUCUACUGGCAGAGAUUUUGCAUCGGGCGUCCUAAAGCCUUCUCAAGGAGUGUGCUUUCGAUUCUAACCUCUUCUCCAGAACAAGAGGUACUGUCUCUCCUUCCUGAAAGCAAUGAAUACAAAUCCAGUCCAGUUUGACAUUGGCGCACCGGGUUCUAUCCAGGUGACAGGUGAUAGGGAGAUUGUCAUUACAGAAAGCAAGGCUGAGAAGGCCGGACGUUGUUCCACGUACAACUUGUUCUUUUACAAGGGCCGUUUUAGGUCAGGUACCAAGCAGGGAUUCUGGAUAGAAGCUUCCAUUUUUGCUUAUCACAGUGAAGAUGCAAUCACUCUCCACAACCGAUGUACCAGCUUUCAUCACCCGUAUGUGAUGAGGUCCCUGGGGUAUGGAAGGGGAGUGGGUGCAUACUCAGAUUAUACCUUUGCAGCUCUUCCUUCUUUUAGAGAGACACUAGGUGAAUGGGUUGUGGAAGCCAGCGGUGCUGCAGAAAUGGGAAGGUUUACAGAGAAGUUUAUUGAUAUUGUGAGCCAAACGGUUAAAGGUAUGAAAGCACUCCAUGAUCAUGGUUUUCAUUGCCCAAGUUUGCGGCCCAAGCAUAUUGCAAUUAAGCUGGAAAACGGGUGUUUCAUUGCACAAAUUUGGAACUUCCAACCAUUUAGCUCAGAUAUGGGAGAGCCCAAAGGCUGGCGUGGCCUGGCAUCAUUGCUUCUUGAAGCUGCUUGCAAUAAUGGGGCGGGUGGUGAUGAGUCAGUUGAGAUAGAUGAUCUUUGCACGAAGAUGAGGAGCGGCAAGCUGAAAGGGUUAGAUAUUCUUAAACAUUCUGCCCUCUUGACUGUGCAACAAAAAUUUGACAAUGUGAUCGCCCUGAACUUGCAUGUUCUCUUAAAUUGCAAAGCCCAACCAAAAAAAUCAUCAACCAAGCUGGCUCAAACACAGUCUUCUGCAAAUUUGGCUCCGAGUGAGUCAUCAGCAGUUUCCACUGAAACAUAUACUUUGGACGAAUACUUAGAUAAACUUCACACCGAAACAUCAAGCAGGCCCGAUUUUAUGCAUCUAAAAAGAAGAGGCAACACUCCCAACACUUUCCGCAAACUGUUGGAUGAGAUAAGAGAUGUUGUUGAGCAUGAAGAUGAAUAUAUUCCUCCAGAGUUGACUAAAAGGUUCACACCUGAGGAAAUGCUAGGUGGCGGCCGAGCAAUAGAUCUUGAGCAACAUCUGCGUGCAGCUUGGCCAAAAAGUUUUCUGAAGAUGCAGUUGUGGGCGCAUGAUCCUGAUGCUAAGUUACAAAAAUAGAAGAAAAUGGACUUGUAUAGGAGUAUGGCCUGAAUUCAGCCCUUGGUCUUUUGGCUGCUCUGCGUCGAGUACUGCAUGGAGACGAUUUGUGUGCACGCCUUCUUGUGCAUGUGAUCCUAGUUGGUUGGGGGGCAGGUUAGUGCUUAGGCGCCAUGGACGUUUUGUCGGUUCCUUCACUUCCUCCAUAGGCCUCCUGACUAAAGGGUGUGCAGGUGUUCAUAUCUUGUGCUUGUUGGACUUCCUUUUCAUCCCUAAACCCUUUUGGUUCCUCCGUCCCUCGUUAAUGGCCGAACCUCGUUCUAACCAUCGGAAUUGUUUUGGUAACUAGAGUUGCGAAAACAAAACCUUGUGCCGCUCGGAAGGACAUUAAGAGAAUUGUCUGAGAUAUUGCUCUUCUCGGAUGAUUUUGAAAUUCCAUGGAGGUGGGUGUGCACAAUGUAGGAAGUUCCAUUGCAAGCAGAUAUAGUUGCUUUUUUUUUGCCACAAAAUGAUAUACUAUCAAAAUCUGCGUAACAAUACAUAUCUAUGGCAUUCAACCUGAGAUACAGAAGAUAUUUAAUGCACUAGUAUACAUUAUGAUGCUACUCUGUUGUGAUUAUGGUAUCUAGUAAACACUAUAUAUCUAUGGCAUUCAAACUGAGUAGUGAUCAUGUUUAACAUCUCGCUGGUCAGUAAGAAUAUGUUCCAACAUCAAAACCAGCCAGAAAUUUUAGAUUGUUUCUUUAUUUUUAGCAAAUUUUGGGGACUGUCAAAGUAUGCCGUAUUAGAAAAGCAUGUCUGCUCUAGUGGUAACUGGUAAGACAGAAGGUUUGGGCGCAAAUUCUUGUGGGUAUGAACAGUCCAAGAUGACACCCUUUUGUGCCUUUUGGCUUUUUGUCCCUAAAAAAAUAUCUACUCCUGAUUGAAUUCAUCUUGGAAGAAUUUUACGGUCACCAAAAUCAUGGUGCGAUCCUGUCCUAUUAAUGUGGCCUCAGGUAUGCUGCUUGGUAUGGUGUCUUGUUCCAACACACACGCCCUGAUUUCCUGUAUGUUUUUUUUUAAAUCCUAAAAGUAAAUAGAACAAAUGACCUCCACGAACACAUGGAUCAUGACGACAAAUGAUUCCCAAGGCCCAAGGAACAUAGAGUUCCUUCUCUGUAAUGCCGUGCAUGGCAGAGGGUUGGUCCUUGAGGCCCGGGAGUAGUCAACAGUCCCUCGAUGACUUGAUGGGGUUAUCAGCAUCAUGAGCGCGCGCCCCUCGAUGACUCGCACGGCGCACGCGGAGCAACAAUUAGAGCAGUGUGUGGAGUAGACAAUGAUCACCUCGAUGGGAAAGAACGAAUGAGAGAACAUGGUAGAAUAGCACCGUGAGCAGCGAGGAACCACUGCGGAGAAGCUGAAGCCUGAAGAAAGACAGAACAAGGCAGGGGAGCUGAGGAGGACAUCAGGCCGCCUCGGUACUGAAGAUCGACUGUGCUUGGUUGCGGAGUUGUAUUGGGGAUGAGGUGGAUAAAAGCGAAUUGCAGAAGCGGAGAUGCUUGACCUCCAUGGAUCUGGAGCAAGGAGAAUAAACGAGGGAUUUUUUUUUUUUUACGGGAAUAAACGAGGGAUGCUUCGGUGAAGAGAGAGAACGCCACGGUAUUCAGAUCUGUUGCAGCAAAUGAGGCUCGGAGUAUAGGACCCCAGCCAGAGCUGCUGCAGCCCCCAAAGGCUUGAUCCACGACCUCCAGGUAAUCACGCGGCCAUCACUAACCCUGCUGCCUCUGCAUCUGCAUCAAAAUGGUGUGUGCUCAGAGCGCGAAACUAACGCAUCAAUUUUUAGAUCCAAAUUCGACCUAUAAAUAAAUGACACAAAAUAAUACAAGUUCGUUGAAUUGAACUACUAAUCCCAAGUGAGCUGCGAGUCCAUUAACACUACAAGUGCUGGAUUUUCCUCUUUUUUUUUUUGAGAUAUGAGGCCUGAAUCUAAAUUUCAAAAUUUAUGGCAUGGUUGUGUUUCUCCCUCUUUUCCAAACGGUUGUGCAUAUUAGUUUUUAAUCAAAGUCAAACUUUAUAAAGUUUGACUAAAUAUGUAGAGAAACAUAUCAACAUUGACAACCUCACAUCUAUAUUAUCAGAAUUAUCAUGAAAUAUACUUCCAUACUAUACAUAUUUAACGUUGUACAUGUUGAUAUAUUUUUUCACAUACUUGGUCAAACUUUAAGAGCUGCGCUACAUUUAAGCAAAGAGUGAGUAUUUUUUUAUAGAUAUUUAUAACUGUUUUCUUGUGCUACAUUAACUUGUAAGCACGUUAGCACAGGAUAUCUUGUCGCGUAUCAACCAAUGGCUAUGGCUUCCUCGUUGGUAUAUGCGAGUUGCCAUCGAUACAUAACUGCUGAAUGUCCCACUUGCAAAAUACACUGUAUCUGCACAAUAGAGUGGACUUUUGUUUCUUCAUAUAGUGAACUGCUUAGGUUUGUAAGAAUUGAUUUUUAUGUCAUGUUUAAUAUGAUUACACUGUUUUGUAGCUUGACAAUGUGGGUUCCGUUUCUUGUUUUUGUACAGUGAACUGAACACUACCCAAGUAUCAAACUCAUUGCGGAUACAUUGUUUGGGCAUCGUAAGUUAUCUAACAUGCAAGGUGAACCAUUCUAUGGACAUGAUGAAUUAUCUUUUUUCUUUGAACAAAGGCAGUUAUUUGGAGAUGCUUGAUUGGUAUAUGAAAGGAAUAGGAAUAGGAGUAGGGAUAGGGCAGCUUUCUUCUUCCCAAAAGGCGGCAAAAGCCCCAGCCUCUGCAUCGAUUGAUGCAUAUGUUUCUUGAUUUCUUUAUUUCAGUAGUUCAAAAGUUUAGAAUGAAGCUUUGCAACUGAUUUUCUAUGUCCUAAAAACGCCAAAUUACUUUCCCAACUAUUAAGAAAGAUCAGGCCAAUUUUUGUGCAGGUAGGCUCACUAAAUUAAUUAGAAGAGAUAUAUGAUUGUCUUUUCCUUAUUCUUAUUGAUGAAUCUUGUGGUAUGUGGUGGUGAGGUAAAUAUUGAAGUAUGUUAAAUACUUGUGUGUUUUUACUUCUUUUUUUUAUCUAAUGUUAUUCAAUUAAUUAUACUCCCUCUGUCGUGAAAAGGAUAUCGUAGAUUUGUCUAAAUUUAGAUGCAUCUAGACAUGACAUCCUUUUCCGGAUAGAUGGAGUAACAUUUUCUUGUAGGUUUAUGAGACAAAUUGGAGAGGUCGUUGACCGGACUUCUCGGUAUUAAGCAUGUCCCAAACAGAACAUCAACAAAUUUAAAGAAGGCACUUUUGGAGGUUUUCGCUUUGACCGGUCACAAUGUGAAGUACUAUAUACUAUUAUCAUGAUACUAGUUUCUGAUACCACCCCUAUAAUGCAUAAUAUCAUCAGGCAGGAUCAUAGUUUAAUCAUAUUCAAUAUUUUGUAGAAUCUCAAUACAAAUUUGUGUAUAUGAUAUAUUUGCCAUUAAAUUUUCUAGUUUUACGUGCUAUGAUACAAUAUCAUAUUAUCAUACCAGUGUCACCUCUCUCCUCAUUAAUUGGCACACCACAAUACCUUUUUACCAACAUGGCAUACAUGAUACUACUUAUGAUACUCUCACCGGCUAACCUUAACAUAUGAUCUACUUGUUGCAAUACUACAAGGGCAAGGGUGUGAUGGAGAAUCUAAUGCAAGGGAAUUCAACGACCUUCACAAGUUAAUCCGUGAUGAGUAUCCGUAUGAUUUCUAUACCCGUUGCUUUUUCCAUCAAUUGUAGUUGAUAGUUGUUGCUUUACUGAUAUGCUACAAGGGUUCUUGAGGAUUUCCUUGAUGAUGUGUCUAUGAUUUUCAAUCUCAGUAGUUCAUCUUGGAGGAGGAAUAUUGCUUGAUAAACAUACACAUUUUUUUGGCUAACAUUGAGAAAGGUAAGACGCCUCAAGAAGAGAGGAAAUCAAGAAACAUUCUUGGCCCGACCUAGAGAUACAAAAUGGGUUCUUAUUACACAACCUUAGCUCGCAUGGAAUGCAAUGAUAGAAGUAUUGGGUUGUUGAGGAUGGUGUGCGUGUUCCAUGUAGGGAAGGAGAUUCAAUUCAUCAGUUGGAGAUUUUUUUUUCUUUGUGUUCAUCAUGGAGAUGAUGUUAAAACUACUUUGUGGACGACGUGGGCUUAACCCAGUGGUUGGGGUCGCAGUAACAUACUCCAUCGACCGGAGUUCGAUUCCUAUCAGGGACGAAUUUCGAAAUUGUCACGCCAAGUCCCGCUUCUACUAUAUCAAAAAGUGUCUAGUUCCUUCUAGACACGGUUUUUUUUAACUACUCUGUGUGACAAAUGAUGUUUGUCCUCUGUUGUAAAAGAAGGAUUAGAAUCUUGUGCGGUAUGAGAUGGAUUGUGUUUUAUGGCUCUAA